GAAGCUUCGAUAUUCUCCAUGAGAUCACCACAAUUCAACGUGAGGAAUUACUGUUUAACAGCCUACGCGACUAUAUUCAGUACAUUUUAAUUGCAAUCGCGUGAUACAAAAUGUCGAGAUCACCACAAACCAUCAGUACGCGCCUGGCGCAUCUCGUUAAAAGCUGGCCCACCGAUACCGUGCGACCAGCUUCUGUCUCUGUACAAACAUAUCUUCAAAGCCGCAUGCCCAAGUCCGAGUCUGAGACUCCCCAAAUAUCGCAGUCGUCGAUAAAUGCGCUUACAUCCCUCCUCAACAAUCAAUAUAGCAAACAAUACCCGUUGCCGCAAAUUUUACGACGUCCCGCUAGCAAUCCCAGUCAUUAUGAUGAUGUGGUGAGAGAGUUUGAAGAGGCGCCUAACCGGAAUUGGUUGGGGAGGAUACAGAAGAGAUUGGGAGGGAUGUUACGGUUCAAAUAG